GUUAUCGAGCUGGGGAUACGGUUGCGAAAUGUUUUAAGCUCUAUCUUGUAGUUGUAUCUUGACAAUUGGUGAUUAGAUGUGCAGGUAUGCCUGUUUUGUAGGUAAAUUUGGAACAAAGCCAUAUCCGGUUGAAGGGACCUGCGGCUGCGAAUCCAUCAAAGACUGCUCAAUUUUGCAUAAUAAGAGCUCACGAUCGGUUGGGCUCUUGCGCCAUUGUGAUUUAAGAGACACCUAGUCACUUUGCAAACUUAUCGUUCUUGUAGAAAUGGAAGGCUCUGUUCACAUUCAAACGGAAAUCAAAGGGAAAAUAAAAAGUCCUCUAAAUAAAAUAAAAUCAAAAUGUCAUUUUGCAUGCAAAACAAUGAAGAACUCGUCUGCUUACAUGAGUAAAAUACGGAUGCACGGCCAGCCCGCCCUGUUCCUACACAGACUGCAAACAGUCAUCACUGCCUUUGUUAUACGCAGCACCUUUCACCGGGCAGAUUUCCCGACCGGUGGCCGGCUCCCGAAGCGGAUCUCCAACCUCUUCGUCAUCCUCACCCUCCAGCCGAGCUCGCCCUCUCGAGUCGAGCACGCCCCUCGCACGACCUCCCAGUCUCUCCGCGCCUGUUCUCCACCGUCAGCCCGGGGCGGCGGUGGGUGCAGGGAUUCCCAGCUCUCUGAGGCGCGCCCGGCCGGGCCCAGGCGAGCUGAGAGGGAUAAAAGGUCUCCGUGGGAGGCAGAUGGCCGCAGAGAUAGCGGGUCGGCGGCACGGACCACUUCUUCACUCUCCCUCCACUAUGAAGACCGCCGUUGUCCUUCUCGCCGUGCUGUCGACGGCCGCGGCUGUGCCGUUUGGUUUCUUCCGACCCGGAGGAUACAACCAGGGCGGGUCCGCCACCGGAAACGCCGCAGGCAAUGUCGUCAGUGGCAGCAGCUCGGGACCCUAUCAGAACUCACAGAUCACACAAGUCAGCGCCCAGGCGCAGGGCUCCGUUCGAGGAAACGGCUACAGCAACAAUCAGGCCACCGCCUCCAACAUCGGGAUCUCUAGUCCGUUCGGCAACCAGCAAUUCUCCAACACGAACGCAGUCUCAAACCAGGGCUCGUUCGGCGGCGGCUUCAACAGGCCAUACCGCCGCAACCACUUCGGCAACUUCUACGGCUAGACGAGCGCCAAGGGAUGUUGAGGAGAGGGUUUCAGCGAUGUGGAGAUAUCUGGGAGCGACAGCACGUGUUGAAGAUGUGAUUGGCGGAGCGGUCUUGUGCUGAUUUUAAGACUCAUUUGAGAAGAGAUGUGAUACACUAGGUUGGAUGUGGCCAUCGCGUCUAGACAAUUGUUUCUCGCAUUUUCUUCUCGUCCCUGCUGUGCCAUGACUUUUUACGAUAUUAUACUGCUGUUAAACAUUUACUUUUGUCAACUGCUAUCCAGCGCACACAUGUUCCAAACGCUGCUGCUAUCCAAAACGUGAUAUAAUAAAGAUUUUCGGAAUGACUCA